AUGAUGGACCUGGAGUGCAAUGACAAUGGCCACUUUCUGGUGAACCAGACCGUGCACGACUUCUCGUGGCGAGGUCUGACGGUGACGGUCAAGGAUCGUGAGACGAAGCGGUCUCGCGAUUUGAUCAAUGACAUCGCCGGUGAUGUGCAGCAGGGAGAGCUCGUUGCCUUAAUGGGCCCGUCGGGCUGUGGAAAGACCACGCUGCUCAACGUGUUGGCUCGGCGUGCCGCGUCAUCUGGAGCCAAGGUCCUCGGGAAGAGCUAUGUCAACGGCUUACAAGUAGACUCGAAGGCUUUCCAGCGGAUGAAUUCAUAUGUUGAGCAGGAAGAUGCGUUGAUCGGAUCCUUGACAGUGCAGGAGACCUUGAAGUUCGCAGCAGAUCUCUCGCUGCCUAGCUCGGUGUCGAAACGCCAACGCAUGGAUCGGAUCCAGACACUUUUGGACGCAUUUGGUAUACAGAACCAGGCGAACACGCUAGUUGGCACACCAAUCCGAAAGGGUAUCAGUGGUGGUCAGAAGCGUCGUGUAAGCGUUGCUAGUCAGCUUAUCACUUGUCCCAAAAUUCUGUUUCUGGAUGAGCCAACCAGUGGGCUGGAUUCGACUGCGAGCUUUGAAGUGAUGUCAUAUGCAAAGGAGCUGGCACGGGCCAACAAUAUAAUCAUUAUUGCCAGUAUCCAUCAGCCCUCGACCACGACCUUCCAGCUCUUCGAUAAGCUCCUUCUCCUUUCAGCCGGAAGAACAUGCUACUUUGGUCCAGUCCUUGCUGUGGAUAGUUACUUCAAUGACAUUGGUCAUCCAAUCCCGACGAACACCAAUCCAGCAGAGUUCCUGUUGGAUAUUGUCAGCGCUGACUUCAACAGCUCCAAGGAGUUGGCCCAGGAACGAGUUCAAGCCAUACAGUUUGCCUGGGCAGAGUCAGCAGCGAGCGAGGCAAUGAAUAGGAAAGUUUCAGACCGAGCCCGGUUGGUGGACAAGGAUGGUGAAAACGCACUGAUUGAUGACAUGGCUCGCCCUGGACCGUUGCUAAUCACUUCGGCUCUGCUUCAUCGUUCGUUUAUCAAGUCUUAUCGCGAUGUCGUUGCUUAUGGGAUUCGAAUCGUGAUGUAUCUUGGCUUGGCUAUUAUGAUGGGCACGGUGUGGCUUCGUCUUCACCCGUCGCAGGAGUAUAUUCAGCCGUUUAUCAAUGCUAUUUUCUUUGGCUCCGCAUUCAUGUCCUUCAUGGCCGUGGCAUACGUGCCAGCCUUCUUGGAAGACCGAGCAACGUUUGCAAAAGAGCGAGCCAACGGUCUGUACGGUGCAACACCCUUUAUGGUCUCGAACUUUCUCAUCGGCCUGCCCUUCCUGUUUAUUAUAUCAGUCCUAUUCUCGAUUAUUUCAUACUGGCUCUCCAACUUCCGACCCACGGGGGAAGCCUUCUUCACCUGGGUGAUGUGGAUAUUCCUCGACCUCGUGGCAGCAGAGUCCCUCGUCGUCUUCGUGACAGCCAUAUUCCCGAACUUCGUGAUCGCCUUGGCACUGGUAGCAUUUGCAAAUGGUCUAUGGAUGAGCGUUGGAGGGUUUCUGGUCGCGCCGACGAUUCUCAAUCCGUUUUGGAAAUAUGUGUUCCACUACAUCGAUUAUCAGGCAUACGUUUUCCAGGGCAUGAUGGUCAAUGAGUUUUCUGAGAGGACUUACUCUUGUGGUAAUCAGUGUCAGUGUAUGUACACCACUGAUUUGGCGGAUCAGUGUUUGAUCCGUGGGGAUGCGGUGCUGGAACAAUAUGGAUAUGCCGCUGAUCGGACAGCUAAAUGGGUUGGGAUUCUGAUUGGCAUCAUUGCUGUCUAUCGGCUGUUUGGAUGGAUUGCUCUGUAUCUGCGCAGAUACUGA